GCUUCGAGUUGUGGCCCUGGCAGCUGUUGCUUCUCUCUACCAAGUUUCCUCUCGAGACAUUCCUUGGCUUCUCCCUCGCCUUGUUUAUGUUUGACUCUUCCCCCUCCUCCCCUCUCUUCCUCGCUCGACAGCGUGGCGCAUGCGUACCUGAUGCUUAGCCCCCACUACCCCGCCGAAGCUUUCUCUUGGGCUCAAGGGGCGGUGAUCCAGAUACCCAUAUAUUAUUUACUCCCCCCCCCCCAGUGUUUUUGCGCCGGGCAUGGGUGUUUCUGUCUCUGAUCUUGUCCCAUCCCAUCAAAACGCUCAGUUGGGCUUCUUUGCUUUUUCCCGAGCAACCCCACCCUCUUCCGGACUUACUGGCCAAAAUAUUCGCCUAGGCCCGUCUGCCGCCUACUUCGCUAUCGUCACUUCAGUCUCCGUGUGCCAUAUAUUUAGUUUGCACCCAGGGAAGUCGGUGGAUAUCGCCAACGAUGGAGAAGCAACACGAGUUUGCCAAGCUCCAACACGUCACCCAAUUCUCUCGAGCAAUUUACCCAAUGGAGAUCUACCAAUACCCUUGCUCUGGUCCUCCCCACAACCAAUGUCAGGUGGAAGCUGGUCGAGAAUCCCUUGGUUCCGACUGCUCGGUUCCGGGGAUGGUCGAGGAUCAUGGGUCCGACGUCUCGGUUGAUGAGGACUACCAAUAUCAGACCACAGGGACAGAUCUCUGGGACUCGUUCUGGCAAAUCAGGGCCCAAGAUUCCAGCUCCACGAGACAUCGCUACCCAGCACUUAUCGACUCUUCCUCUAAGGGUCAGCACAAUACUCAAGAUCGAACACGACCGGUUCUAGUCCAAGAGGACAAGCAAGCGAGUCAAUCAGGCACUCGAGAAGAGCAACUGAAUACGUCAUCUCGACCGCCAAACGCACCAAGUCCGACCCGUCAACGGCCUCAGACCCCGAAGGUAGCGUCUUACUCACUCUUUCCGCCGACGGACCCGCCGGAUAGGCAGAUCCCCCCUAUUCCGCCACGAAGGUCUUCUUUGGCAAGACCAUUGGGAGCCACCUUCAUCCCUUUUCAGCAAGCCUCGAAAUCACCAUCCUUAACUAGCCACGACCAAUAUCUGGGCGCCAUGAGCAAUAACAUGGCCAAGGCGUUGAACUCCAUGUCAGCCAGCACCACCUCUAUACCUUCAAUGCUUCCACCACCCGCGCCGGCCCCAGCGGAAUUCCCCCGCCAAUCACCUUGGUUGAAGCCACUCCCGGAGCCGCCUGGCCGGCCACAGACAGCAAUCCGUCGCCCUUCGUUUGCCAAUCUUCGAAAGUUUUCAUUCUCAAACCUCUCAACCCGCUCGUCCUCUUCUCUUGCACAUGUUGCACGGACACAGGCACACGCCCAAGGCAGAGGCAGCUCCCAGAACCCAGGGACGCCAGAUAGCGCCGUCGGCAACGACGAGAGGGGCGUCGGUCUCGCGCGGCGGUUUAUGCGGGGGCUGAUGUUACGUAGCGGGCGCGAUGCCGCUCGAGACAUCAAGGGCACAAGCAACCCCUGGUGGGCCGCCGGGGACAGGUGGCUCGGUCCGGGACCCGGUUUCGACAACCUCAGCCCUAGUAGCAGCACCACUACCAUCCGCACACCGACGGCUGCGCGGCAGAGUCCCGUGCGCGCGCACACUGCUGACGCCUCUUUUAUGUACCCACGGCCGUCCGUCGCCGCGCAGGCAUCAAGCGAGGAGCUGCGGUAUGCUUUCAGCAACACCAUCGGUAACAGCAACAACGGCGCAAGCUUUGGUGAUGCUAUGGGGAGGGGCAGCGCCCCGGACGCGGGUGCCAGCGCUAGUGCCAGCAGGGCCAAUUCGAAGCCUUGGCUGAGUCGUCACUACAGCAGCGAUAUGCUGGGCCGUCUUCUAGGCCGCCGCAGCACCUAAAUCUGAGUUCUAAUUUGGUGCAUAUCUCAUUCUUCCCAUACCUUCUUUUUCUCCUUUGGAACUUCAGUUCCUUUCC